AUGGCGCUGGUGUGUGCCGGCCAGAGUGUACUGAUGUACCGUGGCCGGGACAUGGGGGACCGGACAAAGAAAGUUAUCGUUGGCAGCAGCAGCCUGAGGUGCGGCCGGGGUCCGGGGAAUAACCCGGGAUCCACGGCAGCAAUUGUUCGGCAAAGGUCAUUUGGCCGUUCGGGAACCAACGGCCGGCGAGCACCGCCGGGUGGGCGCAGUGUGGGGGGCGCGCCUUCAUCUUGCCCUCUUGCAGUGAGUCUGGUGCAGUGUGUCCAGAGAAGGGCGAUGUCCGCAAAGUUGGCGCCGUUGCUGCCACUGUUACCUGUCAGAAACAGUGCCAGAUGGGGACCGGCAAAAGCUGGUGGCCGCAAAGUGGAAUUCCUCUCCGAAAUCCUCGCUGUGUUGCCCUUCUACCCAACACGGCUAAAAUCUGCGACGGUUUGCCCAGCUGGGAUACUAAGCAAAGAAUGCCCUUCAUUGAAGCCAAGUGAAAUGGGUGGAAGAACGGAAUUUCUAAUGACUGCUGACUGCGGGCCUUUGGUUGAUACCCUCAGUUUCAGUCAUACUCGAACAACUAUAAGACUUGCCAACUGUGCAAAUGGUUGGUCCUGUCAUACUUUGACUUUUCAGGAGGUGAAUGACAAAUGCCAUAAUGGUCUUUCGAUCCAGAUGUUUCAGCAGUUAUUCAGCUCAAAUACUUGUGCGUUUCUUCUGGACGGUAGGCAACAUCUUCAUCGUCGUUAUUCUAGCAUCAAUUCAUUGCAGCAAUGCAGAAUGUAUGGCUACUAUAAGAAUGAUAAGAGUUAUUUUGGUGAAAAUAAUGCUGUCCCUCUUCCACGAGGGAACAGCACAAUAUACUAUGAAAUUUUGAAAGUGUCUCCAAAUGCUACACAUAGUCAGAUCAAGUCUGCUUACUACAAGCAAUCAUUCAUUUACCAUCCAGAUAGAAAUGCAGGCAGUGAGGUGGCAGCAUUGAGGUUUACUGAAAUCAAUGAAGCAUAUUCAGUUUUGGGCUCUGUGAGCCUCAGGAAAAAGUACGAUCGAGGAAUUCUGACUCCUGCAGAUUUGCAUGUUGGUAAAAAACUUUCAAACAAACCCCGAGUCUCAACAGUAAAACAAGCACAGGCUGAAAGUUCCGAAGAUACGUUAAAUGAUGGGAAAUCAAAGUUCAAUUUCGAUGAGUUCUACAAGGCUCAUUAUGGAAAACAACUGGAGAUGGAGCAGUUACUUCGCUUGAGAAGAGAGCAGCAUCGCAAAAAUAGGGAAAACUUGGAAAGAAGAUGGAAUCUUCAAAAGCUAAUGGAGAUGACAGUGACUCUUAUGGCUAUUACAGGAUUUGUGAUCUUGUUCAGUUUCAGAAGCAAAUAAAUGAAUGUUAAGUUUCUGUAGGAAUUUUUAAUUCAAGAUUACAAGUGCUGUCAUAUUAGCCGCAAUUCAUAAAUCCACCCAUGGUUGCAGUAGUUACUGAGUUCUUAUAAUUACUGCAAGGUAUUUUACUGCUGCAAUCAUGUGAACCUUUGAGGGGGAUAAAACAAUGCAAAUGCUGGAAAUAUGAAAAUAAACUGGCAUAUAGAGUAGGCCAGAUAAUGUCUGUAAAGUAGCAAGGAAUUGUUCUGAAAUGGUGCUUUUAUUCUUUACAUACUCAGGCUGACCUGUGUAUAACUAACAACUUUUGCCAUAAACAUUUUUUCUUGAUUCUUUUAAUAUUGCUAGUUUUUUAUAUUCAUAUUUCAUUUGCAUAUAUAAAAAAAUAACCAUGCUUACGAUGCAGCAGAAAAUAGACUUUGAAAGCAACAGUUAUUUUACAUCGAAGAUAGACACAAAAUGCUGGAGUAACUCAACGGGUCAGGCAGCAUCUCUGGAUGCUAGAAAAGGAUUAGGUGACGUUUCGGGUUGAGACCCUUCUUCAGACCGAGUUAGGGGAGAGGAAUACUAGAGAUUUGAAGAGGUUCAUGUAUCAUAUAUCUAGUUUCCCUCUCCCCUGACUGUCAGUCUGAAGAUGGUCUCGACCCGAAAUUGCACCUAAUCCUUUUCUCCAGAGAUGCUGCCUGACCCGCUGAGUUACUUUGUGUCUAUUUUCAGUGUAAACCAGCAUCUGCAGUUCCUUUUUACAGUUAUUUUUCAUCAGCUGGUUGCUGAAAGGGAAAGGCUUAGCAUGUAUUUUAUACAGUAACUACAAUGUCAAUGUAUCGCUAUUCAUUAUUUUAUCAUUUCUAUACUCUCUCUUUUCACACGUCUCAGGUUACAGAUUACUUCUAACAACCUUACAGAGGUAGUUGCAGUUUCAGUGAGCUUUUAUCCUUUAAACCCACUGGUUGAAAAUAUCUAAUUAUUUUAUCAAAAACUUUCAAUCUUACUCUUAUGCCUGACUACACUUAAUUUUACACACUUCACUUUACCUAGCCAUGUACAAUCCCACUUUGGUACUGUUGCCUUUAGGUUCUCUGGACUCUAAGCUCUGAGAUUCCCUCAAAUCUCCUCUACCUCUUGAUCUUUAAAACCUACCUUACUGACAAACCUUUUAGUUGCCUGCCAAAAGUGUUAUUUGAUAUCAAAUUUUAUUUGAACACCUUAGAAACUUUUCCUACAUUAAAGAUAUUACCGAUGUGCAGGUUGUCCAUUAAACAUGAAUUGGUGGGUUGCAAGUAUAUAUUUCUUGGUGCAGUCACAUUUGAAACUUCAAUGUUAGGAGAUGUACAUCGCUGAAGGAAUAAAAACAGAUAACGAGUAUAGUUAAUGAUGUGAUGCAUGGAUUGAACAUUCAAUUGGAUGAGCCAUUUAGUAUUUUGAUGCUGUUCUAACAUUCUGUAAAUCAUGACUGCUUUGUGCCGGAGAUAUAAUUGCCUGCAUUUGUUCUAUAAACCUUAUUACCUUGCCAACACAACCUUAAUUUUGGAGAAUUUCAGUGGCCUCAGUAAGCCCAAUCUUACUGGGAACAAGAAUUAACCAUCCCAUCUGCUUUCCUAAUAUUUCUAAAUGGCCAAGUUUCAUUUUUAAAGUAGUACCCUCUUUUCUGAACUCAGCACCAGAAGAAAAAUGUUCCCGGUAUUUUAUUUAUCAAAUUUCUGUGCUCUUUGAAGCACAGUUUAAAUCGUUCUCCCAUCAUUUUAAUGAAAUCAUUUCUAAUAAUAGAAUCACAAGUACAAACCAAGUAAACAUUUUCCAUGAUUUAUAUUUCUUUCAACAAGUACUGCUAUAACGCAACAAUGUGUGUCUAAGAAAUCUUGUGUUAUAGAAAAUUACAUUAGUAAAAAAUUGUGUCAAUGG